AUGAACACCAAAGAUUUUGUAGUUAUCCCAUGGGGCAAACCUGGAAAUUCUGUAAAGCUAAAAUAUAAAAAUGCUCAAGAACUACGAAUGGAGAAAAUACAGUUAGAAUUGGAGAACGAAGAGAUGAAAAAGAAAUUCAAAGAAUUUCAAUCCACAAGGAGCAAAGAAAGGGAUGAAACACAGUCAAGUGGAUAUCAUUGGAAAUCUGGAAAAGUGGGUAGAUUGGGCAAUCAGUCACGCACAAUGUCACAAAAUAAAGGAAAUGCAAUUAAGUUUCCUGGUGGAAAACUGAAAUUAAAAUUAUUGAAGCACGAGAGUCAAGAGACAGUAAGACAGCCAGUUAAGCACAAGAUGGCAAAUUCUCCUGGAAGUGAAAAACUCAAGACAAAAGGGAAGACUUGUGGACAGUGUGAGAUAAAAUCUGCUCUCCUAGUAUGCCUUGAAUGUGGUGAAGAUUAUUGCACAGGCUGCUUUGCUAAAAUUCACCAGAAGGGGGCACUCAAGCUCCACCGAACAACACUUUUACAGUCAAAAUCUCAGAUAUUGUCCAGUGUGUUGGAUGUUGCGCAUCGAUUCAUAAAAGAAGUGAAUCCGGAUGAAGCUAAAGGAGAGAAUAUCUCAAUAAAAGAGGCCAAUAAAAGCCAGAGUAGGCCCACAUCCCCACCUGUGUGGACCAGCAGCUCUGAGGUAAAAAGAAACAAGACGGAUCGGGGGGAAUGCACAAGUCCGGGAGACCAGCUCUUGUGUGAAGGAGUUUUUGAUGAAGUGGCUUCUGCCCAAUAUUUCCAAGAAGCGUUAAACCAUUGGAGAGCUGGAAAUUCUGACAACAAGGAGAAGCAGAACUCACAGGCAGGAAAACCAGCCUCAUCGGAAGAAUGCGAAGUGCAAACUAAUCUGAAAAUUUGGAGUGAACCAAUUAAUAUCGAAUUUGCUGAAGACAGUCUAUCAUAUAUGGAAAAAUUAUGGCUUAGAAAACACAGGAGAACACCACAGGAGCUGCAGAGCACGCAGUCCGAUCCUGUCACCUGUGUGAGAGAAACAACUAGCGAAGCAGAGUGCUCCUGGAAUGAAAAAGAGGACAAAGAAGACAAUAGUGAUGAUGAGGAGAUCAAAAUACAGUAUCCUACUCCUUUUCUGCCAAUAGAAGAAAUAAAAUUAGAGAGAUUUGAGCCAUCGCUAACGAUAAUAGAAUUGGAUGAUACUUGUGAAGAGGAACCGGAAGAACAGGGAAAUGCCGUGCCUUACAAAGUUGAACUAGUUGAUUCAGACAGUCAGCUAAGUUUUAUAUUUCCUGAUUGUCAGAAGAGUGGUUUUCCCUAUGAAAUCGACAUCUAUCAACAUCAUGUUACAAACAAGGGGAAAACAGACUUCUCAAGUUUUUGCCUGAGAAGCAGCUCUUCUCAAAGCAAAGUUAAUUUCCAAGCGGGCCUGUCAGAGACAGAUGCUGACAGCACCGUGGAUAAACAUGUUCAUUCAUUUGACAUGGACAACCCAGGGGAAAGUAGUACUCACCCAAGAGAUGGAAGAGAAAAAUCUAUCAGCAUGGAAAGUAACAAAACGCCAAAUGAUGGCUGUGCGGCACUGGUGAGCAAGGACUCCUUUGUCAGAAUCGAUGUGAAUACACCUUCCAUGGAGGAGAAGUCAUGUGACGACAUAGAUCCAGGGGAAUUCUCUGAGUGCAGCAACCUGCCUGGAAGGCCUCAUCUGGGAGAUUCUAAAGCUCCAAAGUCACCACCGUUGUUAAAAGAAAUAGCCCUCAGAAGUAAACCUAUAACUGAACAAUACCAAGGACUUGGGAGAUUCUUUACUGUUAAUAACGAUGAAAGACUCAACUUACCUCCUUCUCAUGAAAGCUUAGAAAGCAACCAUUCCUCUACCCAGGUUAUGAUCACAGGAGGCAAAGAAUGGGUUCCAGACAGGAGUAUAAGUUCACAUGCGGACAGCGUGGUUACCUCAGGUGUCGUGCAGAAUCCAUCACCAAAUAUGAAGUCACAAAAGAGAGUUCAGAAAUCACAUCGACCUUCAACAGCAAAUUUGCCACUUUCCAGCUCUGUUAAGAAAAGUUCCUGCCUUUUAUCCCCUCGUCCUCGAUCCAGCACAAUUGCUGCCGGGCCACCAUCUAGAGCAGCUUCUGCAAUCUCCGAAAUUGAGUAUGUUGAUAGGACAGAGCACAAUGAGCCUUCCUUAGAUAACGCUGCAGAUCUGCAAGCCUUAGACUCCCUACAAGAAGAGUUAAACGUGCUGAGAAAUCUGGCAGAUCCUUCAGAAAGAUUUAGCAGUCCAGCCUCAGAAGAGCUACCAGCGUCCAACAAUGACUGGCUGAAUAGAAGGCAGAGUUCCCCCGAGUCUCUUAACACCUCAUUUGCAAGAGAGUCCUGCUCCAUGGAGGAAUUAAGCUUUUCGGGAAAAGAUUCCCCAAUGCGAUCUUUGCUGUCACUUUCUGGGAGCAGCACAGAUGAGGAGGAAGAAGAUUUUCUUGACAAGCAACAUGUCAUCAAACUCCCAUGGUUAAAGAAGAUUUAA